UGUUGAUCCAAUCAUUCGGAUUCCCGCUCCGCCACGCAUAAAUAUCCGCUGCUUUCUUCUCAACGAGAGCCAAGCGGGGGAAAAUAUAUAAUAGCGACGCGUGCACUUAUUAAGCGGUUGAAGCGUAAUAAUUCGGAGGUGAUACAGAUGACUAAGCAUGCAUUUAUAGGAUCCAUUCUCUGUCUGAUUAAUCUUCACUCCACUUCCUCAUUACGAUCACCAUAACGAGACGACAAUCCAAUAAUGAGCUUCGCAAUUUCAAGAACGACAUUGAACGCAUCUAUGCGAAGUGCAGGAGCAUCCAGCUCUUCUAUUAAAUUGAUGCCAAGGCGGAACAUCCACGCCACCAUUAGCCGACACAACGAGGGAGAUGAUGGUUUCGCCAGACCAGGUCCACCUCCUCUUCCCGUAAAAGAACAACGAGAGUUCGAGAAAUUGGUACGGGAAAAUGCAAACAAGCCACAAUUCAAGCCUGCCGCACAAGCAAAUGAUGAUAAACAUCCACAAUAUCGUGCAAAACCUGUACCUGAAUUCCAGGGAGAUACAAACCCAAACACGGGUGAAGUAGGAGGACCAAAGAAUGAUCCACUCAAAUGGGAACGCGAAUGGUCUUAUGGCGGAAGGGCGACAGACUUCUGAUGUCAUUCAAUGUACCACUACGAUAGAUUUACACACCCGCAUUCAAAUGAAAUUCGUU